CUCCUGCCCAGGCCCGGCUGGCUAGCUCGUUGCCAUCGCGAGGCCCUCAGAGGAGCUUCGCAGAGGACUCCGUGUGGAGGUGCAGGAGAGCUGUCUGUACCUGGGAAGACACCUUGGGAUGGCACCACCUCGGAGGAAGCGCCUGAGGAGAGCUGCGAAGGCCCCGGUGGAGGCUCCGGGUAUGGCAGCCAAUGACUUUCGGGGACAAGAGAGAAGAGACCUGAGUGGGCCAGAGGCUGUUCCUGAAGGAAACAAUCCAAUACCGGAUAAGCCCGGGGAGAGCAGUCCUUCUGCAGGAACAUUUGAGACAGAUGUGGGGAAUGAAGUACAGAAGAUGCUGGAAAGGCUUGGAGUUGACAUUAAACAGGCUCUUCUCACAAAGAGAAAAAUGUUCGAAAUGGGUACAAAAGCUUCUAUCAAAACCACUAACGAAACAAUUGAGCAUGUUUGGAAACUACAACAAGAACAAAGGCAGAAUCUUCAUCUCAAAUAUUCUCAGCAGUUUCUGACUUUGUUUCGGGAGUGGAAUGUAGACAUGCAGAAAGCCCAGAAACAACAAGAAAAACUAGCCGUUGGUAUCAGCUUUGGCUUUAAAAUUGAUUUAUUUAUUGUAUCAAAGUCUCAAGUAGCGAUAGGUCAUGCAAAAACACAGGAGAGAAUGUAGGGACCAUGAGCCCAGAUGGGUAAAGGUGGGUAGAAGAUGUAGCGGUGGGAGACUGAAUGUCCUCUCUGAAUUGCUUCUGUCUAUUUAGGGAUACAGGAAGGCCACCAGUUAAGAGUUAGAGUGGUGGAGGAGGUGUUGCCUCUCGGGAGCAGAGAAGAAGUCCUGGAAUUGUUUCCUGAGAGCAGGCCAGUGAA